CCGGACAUCGGCAACAAAAAAUCGAUAGUUCGAUAUCAAAAAUACAUGUUCGUCAUCCCUAGUAGCAGGAAACACAAUAAGAUCCAUUUAAUUAAUAGAAAGCGCGGCGGAAAAACCAAUUCCCGACUCACAGGGACAACAAAGUGAUUCUUAGGCCAGAAAAACGGCAAGUAGUGCUGCCACUUUGUCAAGAACUGUGUUUUUCAGUCUGUCCGAGCGUGGGCAGAGAGUACAGUGGCAUCCAGUGCAUAGAUAAGAGAAAGAGGAGAACUUGUUCCGAAAAUCAGCCAGUAUGAGCGCCCCAAAUGAUGGCGGCGCGGGAGGCGGACCAGGAGCGGUGGGAGGCGGCGGCGGAAGUACAGCUACAGCACCAUCAGAAAAUACCCACUACUGCCGCCCGCACAGCCCCAGCCCCCCUGAAAACCAUUAAGAUACGCACCCAGCCAUUUCUUCCUCAUGCACCAUCAUUGCUGUCAUCGGUUCAAGUCACUUCAUCGUCAUCGGUGGCACCCGCAACCGCAUCCGCAUCCGCAUCCCUGGUAUCACACUCAAAUCCGCCCUUUCAGCUGCGCGGCGUCAUUAACAAGUACUCAUUGCCGUCCACCCAUUUACUCCAAUCCUCUGCAGCGCACCCGGCGGUGGCCGCCAAGAUCACCCAUGUCAAGUCGGACGGCGGCGGCGGGAUCUCCAUUUCGGGUACUCCCAUCCUCAGCGGCGGGACAAUCAAAGUGGCAGCCGCCAAUCCCGCCCAGCAACCCAUUUCUCUCAGCACGGGACAGGCCACCACGGCAGCUUCCAUCAGAGCCAUCGGGGCGGGAGGUCAGUCCACGCAGGUGCGUGUUGUCAUGCCGAUGAUCAAGCAGCUGGAGAACGUCACGGCGACGGGUAGGACGCAGAUUACGGCGAUACCAGCAGCUCCGGCCAGAAGUGUCUCGAAUGCUUCCAUCACCGUAACCAGGCCGGUGACCCAGGCCACAUAUCUGCCGAGGGCCAGCGUCACUGCCACCCAGAUGGGUGGCGUGGGAGUCGGGGUGGGCCAGCGUCUAGUAACCCCUCUCAGAGCCACAUCGUCCGCUUCGGCCACUGUGACACCAGCAGCUCCCACGGGUAUUAGCACAACUGGUGGCUUUAUCCGCGGAGCAACCGCUUCCGUGAGCAGGAGUGGAGUGGCGGUGUCUACGCAGCCACCGUCCACAGUGAUCUCGUCCAGCAACAGCGCCGCCUGGAUGCAGAGUCCCACGGGACAGGUGCAACUGAUCCGUGCCAUCCCCCAGCCGCGACAAAGGAUCAUCACCACGUCGGCGGGCGUUAGCAGUGCCAAUGUGGUAACCACGGCUAAUCCGGUCCAAGCACCAACGGCUCUUUCAGUUUCUGCUGCCCAAACGCUGACGCCGCAGUCCACGGGACCGGCAGGUGUUCCCCAAGCCUACGUGGCCACUGUCUUGCCACAGAGGCAGCAACAGGCCACUCUGGUCUACUCCUCAAACGUGUCCACCCCGAACGCAAAUCCCAAUCCUGGCCAGCAGUUUAAUUCCCGUUUCGCUGUGGCUACGCCCACUGGGGGAGUAACGACCACAACACCCGGGGGAACUACAGUCACUUCGCGACAAGUGCGACCCAUAUCGUUGGGGAAGGGCUUUACAGGAGCCAAGUUGAACACGACGAGCAUCAGUAUCAGGGCACCCCACCCCCAGCUCAAUGCCAGCGUUACUCCUUCCCAGACGCCCGUUAGUGUCUCGGGAGGAGCGACAGUGGCGCCGGGACGAGGGCCAGGUGGUGCUGGAGCCGCUCUGACGGCUACGAAUCUGCCCACCACGCGGAUCAUACAACUGCAGCAGCCGGCGACGGCAGCCACGCAGCAGAUAAUCGGAUCGGCUGCUCGCCUGGCUGGCAAUGUGAUGCUGCAGCCCUUUUUGAUGAGCACUUCGGCGGCAGCUAAGAUGGGCAUUCGUCCCCCAGUUACCAUGACGGCCAAGGUGCAGCCCUCACUGACCAUUACGCAGCUGAAUCCCAUCGGCAAACUAUCCACGGCCGGAUCAACCGGCACACCGACCAUGACCCCGCAGGGUGUGACCAGCAUCCAGGCGGUGCCAGUACCGAGUGUCUCGGCUAGUGUGGUGACUCCCAGUCCGGUAACCGGAGCGACUGCAGCUGCUGGUGGCGCCACCGUGCUGCCCCUGACCAUAAGCGGCAGGGGAGAAGCCGUCGGACCCGCAGGCAACAUCCUCACGGGCACCUUGACUCCCAUUAAGAAUGCCAGUGGCAUCACCGUGGGCAAGAUGAUGAUGGCGCCGACAACGGCUGCGGCACCAGGCUCGGAUGUUACUGUUAGCAGUGGAGCUACAGUGACCGGGUUUCAGCGUACUUGGAAUCCAGUGGUGGCUUCCCAGAGCCAAUUGAUGAAGAUUGAUGAAAAGGGUAGUGCAGCUACGAUCUACUACGAAUCAAUGCCGGCAUCCUCGUCCACUGGCGUACUCUCGUUGACCACCACCACCGUGACUCAGAGCAGUCAGUCCCAAGCCCAAUUGGUGAGCAGUGCUGGCGGAAGCAGCUUAUCCGUUUCUUCGCUGCCAUUUGCCAGCCAUGCCUCGGCAUCCGGAGCAGCAGGUUCCGGGGCUGGAUCACAAGCCACCUUUACAGUGCUACCGUCCGGGGCGGCUGGAGCGGCGGCUACCCGAACUAUCGGCCAUCAGCAACUGAUAAUACCAACGGCGGCGAACAGUGCCCCGCCGCAGCACAUGGUCAUCCCGUUGCACACGUCCGUAAAGGUGACCACGGGAGCAGGCAACCCCCAGCAGGCGGGCGGAAGUGGAGCACUGGUGCCCAACUUCAUGCGCAAACGAGACGCCGAGGGCUCGCCCAUUCGGGCAGCCAAGAACCUGGGACCCACGUUGCUCUCCAUGGCCAGUAACUCGAACAGUGCCACCAACUCCGGUUCCACGUUCAGUUUGAAACCCGUUUUUGUGGCGGUGCCCUCGUCGGUUAGCUCGGCACUCACGGUGGAGGCUUUGGCCAAAAAGGAAAGGGAGCGGGUGGCCCAUGGAGCCCCCAGUAAUGCACCCACGGUAGCAUCUUCUGAGACUACCAUCUCGACCACAAGAAAUCUCCGUGCCGAGUCCCCGGCGUCCUCGGAUGGUUCUACUACAGUAUCGGCGAACUCUUCGCCUGGCGUGGAUCAGCAGUUGCAGGACAGGAUUGGCGAGCCAUCGACGGCGAGAGGAACGAGUGGUCGCGACAAUGCCACGCAUUUCAAUCCCAUAAAUGAGAUGUACUCCUCGCAUCAGGGACACUCGUCGAUGGGAGCUCGUGGCAGCUCCUUUGUAGAUGUCCAAGCACCAACGCCGCAACAGCAGCAACCUCAGCAGCCGACGCCCCACGUGGCGGGAUCUGCGCAAUUGGCACAGCAACCAGGAACGCGAAUGAAUGGCACCGGCAGCAGCUCCAGUUCGAGCUACGAUUGUUCCGCCAGGAAGAAACCACGAAGAUCGACUAAUGACAGUCAGCACUCAACCCAGAGCCAGGCAUCCUUGUCACUGCCACCACCGAGUGCGGAACCUACACCUACUGCUGCAGCAGCCUACAUGCAGAAGCACAACAAUGGAGGUCUACUGGUGGCAGCACCUGCGCCGGGAGUGGCUCCCAAUAGUGCCCCAGUCGAGGCCAACCAUCGGAACAGCACACCAGCAGUGGCGGGCAACAAGGAGAACGCCAAUCCCGUCGACUUUGUUAUUCGGCGUCCGCGCAACUGUGCUUUGCUGAAUACCUAUAAGCCCACCCACAAGCUGGCCACCAAUCACUUCCAUCGAUACACGGAUGUGAAGCCCAGGGAGGAGCGACGAGCCACAGUCAUUGAUUUGGCCAAUCAGCCCAAUGUGCGGGAGAAGAUAAAUGGAUGGAAGAUCUAUCACUUACGGACGCAAAUGGAAGACUUGAACGAAUCUGAGAUGGUCAGCCUGGGGCAGCUAGAAACCAUGCUACAAGCUCUGGAAAAGGACAAGGACAAGCACAGCGAAAUAGAGCGCGUUAGUGAGCUGCUAAAGGGCAAUAUCCAGCGGAGUAAAAUCAUCACGGAUGGCAUCAACGAGGCCCAGAAUCAGCUUAUGAAAAUCUUUGAGCACAAGCCCCACGUCUCAGACAUCAUUAGCCGCUGUGCCUCCAAGCGCAACUUCAAGAAGCGAGAGAAAAUGUAGACCACUGACCAUGGACCAGGAGGAGGACCAGACCAUCCACCAGGACCAUGUACUGAUAAUUUGUACAUUUGCCUACUUUAAGAGUCUAGAUUAGAGAAUUUUACCUUAACACUACUCACUAUCCAUUUGUAGGACAAACCAUUACAAAGAAAACGGCAAUAUUUUUUAACUUUCUUUAAAUACAAAGUUUUAGAGUUGUAUAA